AGACUUCAAGCACGACAAAUCUCUAUUGAUCGGACCUCAUUACUUGAGCCUUGCCACAAACAACAUAUCACAGCUGGCGCUAAGAGUGCGCCGAAGUGGGCUGCUCUGUCGCAGGCGAGUAUACAACAGUUUGACGUUGACCAGCAGGAGCCAUCGCGGGCUGUCAAGGUGGGUUAAUCGUUCGCUCCACACAAGUCAAUCAACCUCUAAUAGUUCGUUUAGAAUACACGACAGUCAAGGCCUCUCAAACGCUCAUACAGCUCACUCUCUGAGCCCAAGGUCGAGUGUGAGGACCAAUUCUACCCGGCCACCUUGCUGUGGAAACCGCACAACAGCAACAGCGAAAGAGAACACCAACCAAAACGGACACGGUUGACGCGUGAAGCCUUGGCUCUUUUCAACAAGAUGGGAGAGAGGAAGGGUAAAAAGGCAUCGGCGCCUGCUCCCUUGGAAGCCACAGUUGCGUCGUCUACAACCAAGACUACUUCCACAACGAUGUCUGGGUUUGCCGUGCAGGCCAGGAAAAACGGUAUUCUCAAGCAACAUGAGUCCAAGCCUCCGGUAAAUCUGGGUGAUAUACGAGAGCGACAUACCCAGUCUCGCGAAACGGCAUCACCUACUGAAUCCAUGUACGAGGACUAUGUCAGGACAGUUGGGAAAAUCCCUAACGAAGCGACCAUGAUCUUUAAGGCCGGGACGAAGCUACUGAAGAGUUACCCGAACGAAGACUACGACCAAGCCAUCAACCGGGCGUUCACAGGCUUUCCGAAAGACGCUGGCUUCAACAAGGGUCUGUCUGCACCGCAGCCUGACUUUGUCGAGGGGCUUGAAGUGGAAGAGUUUCGCUCGUUACCGAUCGAGGAUCACAUCGAUGGAGCCAUUCUUUACAAAGAUGAUCCCUAUUCCGUGACAUUGCCGCAUUUGGCUGGGGAGUUCAAGGGGCCUGGAAAGGAUAUGGAAAAGGCAAGGCUGCAGAGCGCCUAUGAUGGAGCGGCUCUCGUUUAUGGGAGGAAUCAGGCCCUUAAUUCUAUUGGGGAACCCUCCAUUGCUGGUCAUGCCAAGAUCACGACGUUUACCACGGACGGUGCCAAUCUGAACUUGUUCGCUCACUAUGCCACUUCAUCAGAGGACGGCACGGCUAAGUACAACCAGUAUCCCAUCAGCUCGACGAACCUGACCAUCUCUCACGAAAAUUUCAGGGAGGGCUAUAGGAAGCUCAGGAAUGCCCAGGACUACGCAAGGGAAGAGUCCUAUAAGCUCAGGGACCAGCUCAAGGAGCAUUGGAAGGCCAAAAGAUCCCAGUUUGCCCCUCUUCCCUCCAUCGAAGACGAAGAUGACUACCAAGUCAUCGACCGGGAGCCCAUUUAUCAGCCUGCACCAACCAUGCCACCCAGACUCAAGCACGACAAGGCGUCGGUGUUGCAGUCCCCGCAUUCCAUCGAGGCCUCAUCACCGUCCGUGGCGGAUAUUGCAAGUAGCCGCAGCUACAAACGUCGAGGCUUCCAUCGCGAUCGUCGAGGUCAAGCAAGGGAAUAG